AAAAAAGUCGCAACGCUUCGAACGAACGAACGAACCAGCAGCUAGACUCAAACACGCCGAGAUUAGGUCAGUUGUUUACGUCGCCUUGCACUGUGCAUCGGAUUGUGCCGAGUAAUUUCCUCGCACCUGAGUAGUAGGUACCUAGGUACCUACUCAAAGUAACACAAUACCGGUCCUUCCGAGAAGCCAGCGGAAUUGUAAAUCAUUUCUGCUGCCCGGGAUAAAGCCUUCAGUCAGUGAGUAGCUAGCUUGGUUUCCAUUUUAUCAGCCGCCUUAUCGUAGCUACAGUAGUGGGCACAAGUUGUGGAUUAGACGACCGACCGGCGACGGCGAGGAAGACGCAAUCCUCGACUGCUCGAUAGAGAGUCUUUUAAUCCCCGAGCACAUUCAUCUACUCUAUUCACAGAUCUCCAUCACGGGCGCACUGAACCGAGUCGUUCCGAAAGACGAGACACCAUUCCACCUGUAUGUGUGUCCUCCCUCAGGCACAAAGCUUCCAACCAUUUUUCGUUCCAUUCAAAUCAAAGUCUCCGUGCAGCGUGGCAGCAGCUUCUCCAUAAUCAAUUGAAACGACAGAAUGAAUAAUCACCUGUUGCUGCACUGGCGGCGACGGAGAUUAUACCGAAUAAUCCUGCUGUUAGCAAUAUCAUCUACGGUUCACUGCACCGGCAGCACCACCAGCAGCAGCGAGUCCCGUGACUGGUGGCAGGAUACGGUGUUCUAUCAGAUCUAUCCACGGUCGUUCAUGGACAGCGACGGCGACGGGGUGGGGGACCUUCGGGGCAUAACUUCAAAGCUGCAGCACCUGGCCGAUGCGGGAAUCGGUGCCACCUGGUUGUCGCCCAUUUUUCGCUCACCGAUGGUUGACUUUGGGUACGAUAUCGCCGACUACCGGGCCAUCCAGCCCGAGUACGGCACCAUGGAGGACUUUGACGCGAUGAUGCAGGAAGCGACUCGAUUGGGGAUUAGGAUAGUGCUGGAUUUUGUGCCAAAUCACAGCAGUGAUCAGUGUGAGUGGUUCGAGCGAAGCGUGACACGGGAGGCCGGAUAUGAGGACUUUUACGUGUGGCACGAUGGGCGUGAGAAUCCGGACGGGGGUGAUCAGUUGCCGCCUAAUAAUUGGCAAUCGGUUUUCUACGGCUCGGCAUGGACCUUCCACCCACGGCGCGGUCAGUUCUAUCUGCACCAGUUUACGAAAGAGCAACCGGAUUUGAACUUUCGGAAUCCGGCGGUCACCGAGCAGAUGGAUGAGGUAAUGCGGUUUUGGCUCCGAAAAGGUGUAGCCGGGUUUCGAAUUGAUGCGGUCAACCAUCUGUUCGAGGCGGAGGAUUUUCCAGAUGAGCCGCUGACGGGAACGGACGCGGAUCCGAUGUCGUACGGCUAUACGCACCAUUACUACACGAAGGAUUUGCCAGAAGCCUACGAUAUGGUCUAUCAUUGGCGAUCGCUUCUGGACCAAUGGACUCUGGAACACGGUGGUCCAACUCGCAUUAUGAUGACCGAAGCGUACGCGAACAUAACCUUUACUAUGAAGUACUACCGGUCUGCGGAUGGCGCUCGGGCCGGAUCACACAUGCCCUUCAACUUCCUCCUCAUCACAGAUUUGAACCAAGCGUCCAGUGCUCCGGAUUUUGUGUUUACCGUCAACAAAUGGCUGACCUACAUGCCUCGUGACCAGAACGCCAACUGGGUCGUAGGGAACCAUGACCAACCCAGAGUCGGAUCCCGCUUCGGAAAGGAACGAAUCGACCUCAUAAACGUUCUGCUCAUGACGCUUCCGGGAAUUGCCGUUACAUACUACGGGGAAGAAAUUGGCAUGGUAGACUUCAAGGAUAUUCCAUGGGAAGAUACGAAAGAUCCUACGGCGAGGAAUACCAACAAGCAAGUCUACAUGGACUUCUCUCGGGACCCGGAGAGAACACCCUUCCAAUGGGAUGGCAGCAGCAAUGCCGGGUUUUCCACUGCAACCAAGACUUGGCUCCCCGUCAAUCCAAACUACAUAGAACUGAAUCUGAACAACCAAAAACAAGCAGAAAGAAGCCACUACAAGACCUACCAACAGCUAGUCAAACUCAGACAGCACGAAACGCUCCGGAAAGGGACAAUCCAACUCAUUCCAUACAACGGCGAUAUUGUCACCUAUGUGAGAGAACUGUCGAACCGGGACAGCUUCGUCGUAGUGUUGAACUUGGCCCCCCGAGAGCAACCUGUUGAUUUAUCAAUUUUCGCUCGCCUUUCCGAACAUUUGACGGUGGCGGUGGCAUCCUCCAGCUCGAGCUUUUCGACCGGGGACCUGGUUCAACGUGAUGGGUUGCUCAUCGGACCGUAUGAUGCACUAGUUCUGCAGGAUAGUGGCCACACCCAACGCCAACUACCGCCCUUCGGCAUCCGCCUUCCGGUUACGCUGCCAAGCACGGCAAAGGACAUCACCGUAAUUGCGUCAAUAUUAAUUGCACUGGGAUCCUGUUUGUACCACUUGUACCGUCAUCGGGGCGGUGUUGGUGGUACCGUUUGGGGCCGACAGGCACUCCUCGAUUGGUGUAACAACAGCGGUUACGAUGAAUACAACAAUAGUGGUAACGUGAUGGCAGCAGCAGCAAUAGCAGCGAAGAAAAAAUGUGACCUGGGAGUAGCACGGCCAUUGCCGUUGAUGUAGAUUACCUUGCAGUGCAGUACAGUGGGAGGAUAUUAUACAUCUAAGUGCUGUGCAAGAUAAUGAGUUCACCUGAAAGAGAUGAAUUGUCGACAUUAUAAUGAGGUGUGCAAGGUUCUUUGUUAUUUUGUAUCAGCGAAUUGUUGAGGUAACUUGAUCCAUAAUUUCCAUUUAAAAAAACUAUAAAGCUGUUUCUGUAUUUUCUGUACAUACCGAAUUUU